GACAGUUUGAGCUCUGGCAGAGUGUUGAACCUGCAAAGACAGCACAGCACGGCACAGCACCAGCAGGAAGAACAUGCACGUUUAAUACCAACCCUUCACAUUACUGCGCUGCUUCAUUUGUGGUUCUGUCCAUUUUGGGAUUUUGGUGGUAAACUGGAUGCCCUCACAUGGCCCCUACUACGCUGUGAGUUCUGAAAGGAUUAGGAGCAGGAAGAGGUGACUAAUCAGUUUGGCAGGUAAAGAAGAUGUGGGCUAUCUUUUUAUUCACGGUGGUGGGGACUCUUCUUCAUGAAAGUGCUGCUCAAGGCCAGUGUAACAGUGUGAGGGCAGCCGAUGUGGUAUUUUUGGUGGAUGGCUCGUCCAGCAUUGGCAGUACCAACUUUCAGUUGGUGAAAGGCUUCAUGGCAGGCCUGGUGAAGCCACUUGCCGGUGCUGUGGGCGCGAGCGGAGUACGCUUCGGAGUCGUGCAGUACAGCGAUAGCUCCAGGAUUGAGUUUCCUUUUGGGAGGUAUACAAAUGGAACAGAGGUGGUGGUGGCUGUUGAAAAUAUCCCGUAUAAGGGAGGAGGAACACGCACGGGUGACGGGCUCAAAUUCAUCGUUGACAAUUUCUUCAGCCCUCCAAAUAUUCGAGAUGUUCCCAAGAUUGUCAUCGUCAUUACAGAUGGGAAGUCACAGGACUCUGUUGUGGACCGUGUUCAAACAUUGCGCAAUCUUGGGGUCAAGAUCUUUGCCAUAGGUAUAAAGAGUGCUGACAAGAGGGAGCUGGAUCAGAUGGCCUCGUCCCCACAGACCUACUAUUCCCUGAUCAUCAGUGGCUUCAAGGGCCUCAGCUCCCUCCUGCCGCAGGUGUCCCCACGAGUUUGUGCGUCUGUUGGGGGGACAUUCGCGAAUGACGAGGCCACCACAGGUCCCUCCAACCUCCAGUUUACAGAGAGUACCACUGACUCGCUGCGCUUCCAGUGGACUCCUGCAGGGGGCCAAGUGACUGGCUACCGCAUCCAGUACACGCCUGUCUCUGGCCUGGGACAGCCAAUCAACGCAGAGCUACAACAGGUGACAGUUGGACCAGAUCAGCAGAGUUACACUGCUCGGAACCUGCGUGGUGGCACCGACUAUCUGGUCUCAGUCAUUGCCCAGUACCCAAACAGCAUCGGAGAGGCUGUGUCUGCUAAAUCUGGCACAAAGUCAUCUCAGGGUGUGUCGUCGCUGCGAGUGUUACGGUCGGGCUUCUUCUCCAUCUCUCUGGCCUGGGAUGCCCCCUCCACUCGGCCCCAGGGCUACAGGGUCACCUACGGACCCAGAUCUCAGCCGGCGUCACAGCUGGAGCAGAGGUUGUCCCCUGAUGUUACCACGGUAACUCUCGACCGUCUGCAAGCGGAUACUGAAUACAUAAUCAGCGUCCUCCCCCUGUUACCGGGAAACUCAACAACACCAGCCAGGAUAUCUGCCAAAACUUCACGUUUAGAGGCGGUGAGACAGCUGACGGUUGAAACGAUCUCUGAGACAAGUGUUGGUGUUCGCUGGAGAGCUGCAGAUGGAGCCAGGUCCUAUCGGUUGGUCUGGGGGCCUUUCACAGGUCGUGAUGUGCAGACGCAAGAGGUCACCACAGAAUCUCACACACUCUCGGGUCUUCAGCCUGAUGUUGAGUACAUCAUCACUGUCAUCGCUCACUACGACAACAACGCUGAGGGGCCUGCUGCCACGGCCAGGUUCAAAACAGAACGUUUUGAGCAGCAGGUGCUCAGGGCAACGCCCACAGGCCCCUCCUCAAUCAGACUCACCUGGAACCAGAUCAGAUCUGCCAGAGGUUACCGCAUAGAGUACAAGAAUGAAGGGGGCUCUGUUGAGAGGGUGACGUUUCCUCAGGCCACGACGACUCAUGAGUUGCGUCAGCUGAGGCCCCAGACAGAGUACAUCAUCACUCUCUACACACUCUACGAGGGACGAGAGGAGGCCACACCUGUGUCCACCGCACCUCCAACUGCCAAGGUGACAGACCUGCGGGUUACAAAUUUAAACAGCCGACGAAUCAGGAUUGCCUGGAGGGGUGUUUCCGGGGCAACGGGCUACAGAAUCACAUGGAAACAAGGCAACAGUGGCCUUCAGUUCCGUGACGUGGCCCCGGACCUCUCGGCCUUCACCAUCGAUAGGUUGCAGCCGGACGAGUACGUGCUGAUAGGUGUCGCCGUGGUGAUCGACGGAAACGCGGGGGAGUCCGUCACUCUGAGCAGCCGGACGCAUGGCUAUGGCAUUACCGGGCUCCGCGUCCAAGACGUGAACACCAGGAGCAUAGGCAUUGCCUGGGACCCCCUUACCACAGCAACGGGAUAUAAAAUCAGAUGGCGUCAUAACAACGGUGCGGAAUCCUCCAGGAAUGUGGCGUCCACUGUGACCUCCUACACUAUUGAGGGGCUGGAGGAGAAUACUUCCUACCGCAUCGCAGUUUCAGCACUGAUUGGCUCAAAUGAGGGGACGCCGGCAACUGUCCUCACCAGGACAGUGCUUAGCGGUGUGGUUGGCACAGUAACAGACCUGAAGGUGCUGGCGCCACAGGAUGAGGCGGUAAAGGUCACAUGGGUCGGAGUUCAGGGGGCGACAUCCUACCGCAUCGUCUGGAAGAAAACUGAUGAUGGUGAGGAGCAGACCCGGGAGGUCGGGGCAGACGUGACCUCAGUGGACCUGGUGCAGCUGCAGAGGGGGGCCCAGUAUGAGGUGCAGGUCAUGGCUUUGGUGCAGGGCCAAGAGGGCUCGCCAGUCUCCGUCAGGGUCACCACACCUGGUGUGGUGGACCGUGUGGAGGGGCUGCGGGUGUUGGAGGCCAGACAAGGUACUCUUCGGCUCACCUGGAGGGCAGUGUCAGGGGUGACUGGAUACAAGCUGUACUGGAGCACAACAGGAGAGGGAGAGAGAAGCCAGCUGAUCCGGAGGGAUGUGACCUCAUACGACCUGGAUGGACUUCGUCCUGGCCAGAGCUACGUCAUUCGAUUCGCUGCGCUUUUCCAAGACAGAGAGAGCGAGGCGGUCACCAUCAGGGCAAGCACAACUGCCCUUGGAUCUGUAACAGAUUUACGGGUCAUCGAUAUUACCCAGAAUUCAGUGCUUCUGGGGUGGACUCCCAUAGUAGGUGCCACAUCUUACAUUCUGCGAUGGAGAGAGGAAAAAGACUCAGGAGAGGGUCUGUCACAGGUGUUGAACGGAUCAGCAAACUCAUUCCGUGUGUCUGGACUGAGGCUGGGCAGACGCUAUGUGUUCUCCCUACAACCCACCUACCAGAACCAGCUUGGACAGGUGGCUACUGUAGAGGAGCGCACAGUGUGUGUGGACGGACGUCUGGAUGUGGUGUUCCUGGUCCCUGCGUCUAGAGAUCGCUCUCGUCUGAGGGACCCUGUCCUCUCACUGCUCACCAGCGCAGCAGGAACUCUCACCACCAUCAGCCCCAGAGACUCACAGAUGGGGGUCUUAGUGUACAGUGAUAUUCCCAGAGUGCACUUCUUGCUCAAUCGUCAUAGCAACAGUCAGACUUUACUCCAGGAGAUUCUGUCGACUCCUUUCUCGGCUGGCCGUGGGAAUGCAAUAGGUCAGGCGCUAACAUACGCACAGCAAUACUUCCUGACGGUGUCGGCCGGGAGAAGGCGCGUGCCGGGAGUCGUGGUGCUCAUUACCGAUGAUAGAUCUACUGAUGAUGCCAUCAGGGCAGCCACAGAGCUCAGGGCCACAGGAGUGACAGUGCUGGCAGUGGGAAUUGGCCGAGCGGACUCUGAGGAGUUGCGACGUGUGGUAACUGACGGAAGCACCCAGAACCUGCUGUAUGUGUCAGACGCAGCGCAACUCUACCGCUACCACCCGGAGCUGGCCGACUUACUCUGCGGCGUUGCCAGGGGGACGGGAGUAACGAUUCCUCCUGGUCCAGAGCUAUGCACUGUUCAGUGUCCAAAUGGGGAGAAAGGAGAACAGGGACAAAAGGGUGAACAGGGCCGUGAUGGGAACGAUGGGAGAAAAGGAGACCCUGGACGUGAUGGGGUGCCAGGUAGAGAAGGCCCUCGUGGACCAGAGGGGCCUCCAGGUCGGAGCACAGGACCUUCAGUGGGAGUCAGAGGAGAAAAAGGAGAGAGGGGGUUUCCAGGAUUGGAUGGGAGUUCCGGAGUCCCUGGCCGCCCAGGAAGUGCUGGCCCUGCUGGAUCUCCGGGAUCUCAGGGUAUUCCUGGGGUUAGAGGAGAUCCUGGGGAACCAGGCGCCUCUGGAGCAUCUGGCGUGAAGGGAGAGAAAGGACAAAAGGGGGAGUCCAGUGGAGUAGCUGGAACUGGAUUACCAGGGAGGAAAGGAGAGCCUGGAAUCCCUGGAAUACCGGGUCGGCCAGGUGGUGAUGGGUUAAAGGGACUUGCUGGAACACCUGGACAGGAUGGUCGCCCUGGGAUACCAGGUACCCCUGGUAUCUCCAUUAAGGGAGAGAAGGGGGAUCGAGGAGAGAGGGACAGUGGCGUGGCGGCCAAAGGGGAUCCCGGAGCACCAGGGAUACCAGGGCCUCCAGGUCCAGAAGGUCCAAAAGGGCUUCCUGGAUUAAAGGGGUCCAAAGGCGACAAGGGUGAGGGCACAGAGGGUCAGCCUGGCCCCCCCGGAAUUCAAGGAGAGCCCGGUGAACGAGGUCCAAGAGGGCCCGCUGGUGAAAGAGGAAAUAAGGGUGACCGGGGCCAAGCGGGACAGCCAGGCAUCCAAGGGGACAGGGGAGAGAGAGGACCAACUGGGCCCCCAGCAGAGAAGGGGGAGUCUGGUAAACCUGGUUCUUCAGGGCUGCCUGGACCCAGAGGUUUGCCAGGGCCCAGUGCAUCUCCAGGAGAGAAGGGAAGCAAAGGUGAACCAGGAGAGCCUGCAGGUGGUGGUGCUACUCUACCGGGGAGGAAAGGAGAGCGGGGAGAGACGGGACUCGCUGGCCCUGAGGGAGCAAUAGGAGAGAAGGGGGAGCGAGGCCCGAAAGGAGACAGAGGACUCCCAGGGGUUGGUGUGCAGGGACCUGCUGGAACUAAAGGAGACCAAGGAGAUCGAGGCCCACCUGGUCUAGGGGGAAGACCUGGAGCAAAGGGUGACCGUGGUGAACCAGGGGAGGUUGGGGAGGCUGGCAGGAACGGGCCCCCAGGACCAGCAGGCGCACGGGGGAAAGAGGGAGAGAAAGGAGACAAGGGAGAUGAAGGAACUGCAGGCGAGCCAGGGGUGCCAGGAAAGACGGGGGAUCGUGGCGUGCGGGGUUUACAAGGUCCGCAAGGACAAGUGGGGGAGAAAGGAGACGUGGGCGAUCCAGGAGAGCAUGGACGUAUUGGUAGUCCUGGGCCUGCUGGACCCCGAGGGUUUAAGGGAGAGCAGGGAGCUCAAGGCCCCCCUGGCCCACCAGGAUCCGCGACUACAAGUGAUACUAAGAUGAAAGGCGAGAGAGGGGAAAAGGGGGAUGCGGGAGACCCCGGUGAACACGGGGGCAAAGGUCAGAAAGGCGAGGCAGGUGGACAGGGACCUUCAGGACCAGCGGGAGCUGAUGGACUGAGGGGACUUGCAGGACCCAGAGGUGAAACAGGCCUGAGGGGUAGUCCUGGAGAAAAGGGAGAGAGAGGAGCUGCUGGACUGGAUGGCCGUAAUGGGCUGGAUGGAAAACCUGGAGCACCUGGAGCAGUUGGACUACGAGGUGACCCAGGAAAGCAGGGGGAUCCUGGCAGAGACGGUCUGCCAGGACUUAGGGGGCCGCAAGGACCACUAGGACCAGCUGGGCCUCCUGGAAACGCAGGAGUACCAGGAAAAGCUGGAACAGACGGGAAGCCUGGAGAUCCUGGGAAAAUGGGAGAGGAUGGUACACCAGGGGAGGAUGGAAGAAAGGGUGACAAAGGUGAAGCUGGACCUCCAGGAAGAGACGGUCGUGACGGUCUGAAGGGGGACAGAGGAAUUACUGGUCCCGUCGGUCCAGUUGGCCCUCCAGGUACCCAAGGAGCUCCUGGCCCCAUCGGACCCCCUGGGCAGGUGAUUUAUGUAAAAGGAGCAGAACCAGUGUCCUUCCCCGGGCCACAGGGACCUCCCGGAACCCCAGGGGUACCUGGGAUACCAGGAGCUGUAGGAGCCAGAGGAGAAAAAGGUGUAGCUGGCACCAAAGGAGAAACGGGGGACCCUGGAGAAGAUGGAGCUCCUGGCAAACCGGGGACGUUAGUGGAUGUCAGGAGGGCUUUUUCAGACAUGGGCAUUGAGGUGAACGAACUGAAAGUCUUGAUUAGUAAGAAAGACGUGAAGCCCAUUUCUGAGAAAGGCCAGAGCGGAGAAAAGGGAGAGACGGGGCAAAGGGGACCACCUGGACUUGAUGGUGCUCGAGGUCUCCCAGGGGAGCGUGGGUCCAAAGGGGAGUCGGGAGAUAGAGGUCCCCCUGGCCCCCAGGGCCCUACAGGCCGCGCCAUCGGAGAACGGGGACCAGAAGGACCGCCAGGCCAGGCAGGAGAGCCCGGAAAACCAGGAAUACCAGGAGUUCCAGGACGUGCCGGAGAGCUGGGCGAAGCUGGAAAACCAGGAGACAAGGGAGAGAGAGGAGAGAGAGGAGACAAAGGCGAGCCUGGCCGAGUUGGUUUGACAGGGGCUGUAGGACCCCCAGGACCAAAGGGGGAGAGUCUUGCUACUGCGUCUAGCGUUCCUGGACCUCGGGGUCUUCCUGGAAUCCAGGGCAUCAGAGGGGAGCCCGGGUCCGCAGGACUGCCUGGCGCAAAAGGAGACAGGGGUGUCGCUGGUUCUCGGGGAGAAAAGGGGGACAGAGGCGACCACGGAGAGAAGGGCCGUGAUGGCUUUGCUGGAUCUCCCGGAGAACCAGGGAAACCUGGAUUGGAUGGAAAACCAGGUUCCCCUGGGUUCCCAGGUGUAAUAGGCCGACCGGGUAAUCCUGGAGAAACAGGCAUAAGGGGACCAACAGGUCCAAUGGGUGGCAACGGCCCUCCUGGUCCACCAGGAGUGAAAGGCAACCAGGGACCACCAGGUGUCGGCACUCAAGGACCUCCUGGAGCCCAGGGCCCCAUGGGAUUGCCUGGCCCUGCAGGAACCCCGGGCGCUGUGGGGCCUCAAGGGCCACCAGGUCUGCCUGGGCAAGUGGGUGAGAGUGGCAAGCCAGGUGUACCAGGAAGAGAUGGCAUACCAGGAAAAGAGGGGACACCAGGAUUACCUGGGAAACAGGGUAUUCCUGGGCCAGCGGGACCCUCAGGGCUAAAGGGAGAGCAGGGGGACAGUGGUCCUCCAGGCAAGAGUGUAGCUGGUCCUCCAGGAGUGAAGGGGGACCGAGGGUUUCCAGGUCAAACACUACCUGGCACUGCAGGUGAGCCUGGAGUAUCUGGACAAAAGGGUGAGAGGGGAGACAAAGGACCUGCUGGAAUCAAAGGAGAUAAAGGUGUGCCUGGAGAUGAUGGAACACCAGGGGAAGAUGGCUUCCCAGGACCACCUGGCCCUAAAGGAGACAAAGGGGAAAGAGGAGUGGGACUCGCAGGCCCUCCAGGACGAGUAGGACCUGCAGGGCUGAAGGGAGACACUGGCCUCCCCGGGUCGCCUGGCCCUCCAGGGCCCCAGGGUGCAGCAGGAAUUUCGGGUCAGCCUGGCGUAAGAGGAGAGGUUGGGCCUCCAGGACCCCCUGGACCAGUAGGAGAGAGGGGUCUACAGGGCUUCGUCGGGAGAAUUGGCAGCCAAGGAGCACCAGGAUCUGCAGGACCUCCUGGCCCUGCUGGUGCACCUGGCACAAAUGGCCUCAAAGGUGACAAGGGGGAGUCCGGAGUGGGAGCUCCAGGAGCUAGAGGAGAGAGAGGAGACCCCGGGCCCCGGGGAGAGGAAGGGCGUGCUGGAGUGGACGGAGCCCGAGGGCCUGCGGGUUCUCCUGGUAGCAGAGGAGACAGAGGAGAAAAAGGAGACGCUGGUGCUCAAGGAGACAAGGGAGAAAAGGGGGAAACUCUGCUUGUUGGAGGGGAACAAGGAGAGAAAGGAAUCAAAGGAGAAAGGGGUGACCGAGGCCCUAAAGGGGUUCAGGGGGAAAAGGGUAUAAAAGGAGAAGAGGGACCUCCAGGACUACAGGGUAUACAGGGAGAGUCCGGGGGCAGGGGAUCCUCUGGAUUCCCCGGAGCACGAGGGCCCGGUGGACAGAAGGGUGAAGCUGGUAUGCCAGGACUACCAGGCGAAUCGGGCUCUCCAGGGAAAGAUGGCUUACCUGGACUGAGAGGCGAAAAAGGAGAGUUUGGCAUGACAGGACCACGGGGGAGCAAGGGGGACCGGGGUUCUAAGGGAGCCUGCGGAGCGGCUGGACCCAAAGGAGAAAGGGGUGAUGCUGGGCUUCAUGGGCGUGCUGGUAUGCCAGGGAGGAAAGGAGAGCAGGGAGAAGUAGGUGCUCCAGGCAUCACUGGGGCUCAAGGCAAAGAGGGCCUUAUUGGCCCGAAGGGUGACCGAGGAUUCGAUGGCAUCACCGGGCCUAAAGGAGGCCAAGGGGAGAAGGGUGAAAGGGGGCCCCCUGGUAUCCCUGGGCCCCCGGGGCCAAGAGGUGUGGAUGGGGCUGCAGGGCUUACUGGCCCCCAAGGGCCUGCAGGGGGCAGAGGGCCUGAAGGACUGCAAGGACAGAAGGGGGAGCGUGGCCCUCCUGGUCCUGCCAUGGUGGGAGCCAGGGGUAUCCCAGGUAUACCUGGAGAGAGAGGAGAGCAGGGCGAAAUGGGAUUGUCUGGAACUAAAGGAGAUAGAGGGGAUCCAGGCUUAACGGAGGAUGAAAUACGCACAUAUGUUCGCACUGAGAUGAAUCAGCACUGUGCGUGUGGAGGUGGGUUGGACUCUGUACCCCUCGUGCCGCCUCAGUCCUAUCGGGCUGGCCGCAUGCCAGACCACACCCGGACUCGGCUGGGUGACGAGGGCCAUGAGCUGCGUGUGGUGAUGAACACUAACGACCCAGACUAUCAGCACAUCUACUCCAUAGAGAGCUACGACGACCCACUCGCAGAGGUCGUCGACCUACCCCCCUCAGCCAAUCAGAGCAAAGGUGAAGUAGUUUCCGUUGAUCCCUUGAAAGUUGUGAGACCCAAGCGGGAGGCAGAAGACCCUUGCCUGCUCCCUCUGGAGGAGGGGAAUUGUUCCCGCUUCACACUGCGCUGGUACUUUAACUCUGCCGUCCGUGCCUGCCGACCCUUUGUAUAUAGCGGCUGCGAGGGCAACGCCAACCGCUUCACAGAGUUAGAGGAGUGUGAGGAAAAAUGUCUGCUAUGAGGGGUUGAACAAAAAGGAUAUGGCUGAUAACUGGCUGCUUGUACAUGAAGUACUUCUUUCAUCAAGGUGCUAAGGAGUUCCACAUCAGAAUCCUCAGAACCUCCCUCAAGUUUUCCUAUCUUUAUUUAUUGUAUGAUGAUAAACAUACCGUAUUAGGAAGAGUCAAUAGCAUUUCAUAUAAAUACAAAGAAACACAGUCGUGAAAGACCUCCAAAUACAUGUCAGAGACUUGCACACUUUAAAAGCUAAACUUCUGAAUGGCCAUUGAUGUAAGUAAUGGGUUUGUUGUCUGGCCUCCAUACUUCUGUUAAAAUGGAACCAACCUAAUCUUAACACUGUUUUGGGACACAGUGGGUCUAUCAAAAUAAAAAAUGAGGCAAAGUGUUUUAUGUAUAGAAAGGAUCUGUAAUGUACAUAAUCAGAGAGAGAGGAUAUGCCUCAUGGGACUCACAUUUUUAUAAUUGCAUGAAAUUUUUUAUAAUAAAGUAUCAGAUGUUUUUCAGAUGUUA